AGGGGAGCAGGGCAGAGAUCCCUCCCAUGCUACUCACUUUCACAGAAACUGCUCCCGGACUCAGAUGCUUGUGCUGAAGAUCGCUCCUGCCUCAUUCACCUCCAGAGUCCAUCUGUUCUGGAGAGAGCUGGCAUUUUUGGGCUGUCCCCUACGGCCUUUUUUUACGGUCCUCCUACCCCCAGGCAGUCGAAUGAUGUGAACUUGGAACAGGGUUUGCUAUCCUAUGGGGACUCGCUUUCUCUCCCAGGCUGGUGCUGUCUGAUAGGACCAUCCGAAGACAGUGGUUUGUUCUUGGGGAGGAGGGCACUGGCCCUGCCUGGAUCCUCCACCAUGUUCCUGUUGCUCCCCUUUGACAGCCUGAUUGUCAACCUUCUGGGCAUCUCCCUGACCGUCCUCUUCACCCUCCUCCUCGUUUUCAUCAUAGUCCCUGCCAUUUUUGGAGUCUCCUUUGGUAUCCGAAAGCUCUACAUGAAAACCUUGUUAAAAAUCUUUGCGUGGGCCACCUUGAGAAUGGAGAGAGGCGCCAAGGAAAAGAACCACCAACUUUACAAGCCCUAUACGAAUGGAAUCAUUGCAAAAGAUCCCACUUCGCUGGAAGAAGAGAUCAAAGAAAUCCGCCGAAGUGGUAGUAGUAAGGCUCUGGAUAAUACUCCAGAGUUUGAGCUCUCUGACAUCUUCUACUUUUGCCGGAAAGGAAUGGAGACCAUUAUGGAUGAUGAGGUGACAAAGAGAUUCUCAGCAGAGGAAUUGGAGUCCUGGAACCUGCUGAGCAGAACCAACUAUAACUUCCAGUACAUCAGCCUUCGGCUCACGGUCUUAUGGGGAUUAGGAGUGCUGAUUCGAUAUUGCUUCCUUCUGCCACUCAGGAUAGCUCUUGCUUUCACUGGGAUUAGCCUUCUGGUGGUAGGCACAACCGUGGUGGGAUACCUGCCAAACGGGAGGUUUAAGGAGUUCCUGAGUAAACAUGUUCACUUAAUGUGUUACCGGAUCUGCGUGCGAGCCCUGACAGCCAUCAUUACCUACCAUGACAGGGAAAACAGGCCUCGAAACGGUGGCAUCUGCGUGGCCAAUCACACCUCUCCCAUUGAUGUCAUCAUUUUGGCCAGUGAUGGCUACUAUGCCAUGGUGGGUCAAGUGCACGGGGGACUCAUGGGUGUGAUUCAGAGAGCCAUGGUGAAGGCCUGCCCGCACGUCUGGUUCGAGCGUUCUGAAGUGAAAGAUCGCCACCUGGUGGCUAAAAGACUGACUGAGCAUGUGCAGGAUAAAAGCAAGCUACCCAUCCUCAUCUUCCCAGAGGGAACCUGCAUCAAUAAUACAUCAGUGAUGAUGUUCAAAAAAGGAAGUUUUGAGAUUGGAGCCACAGUUUACCCUGUUGCUAUCAAGUAUGACCCUCAGUUUGGUGAUGCCUUCUGGAACAGCAGCAAAUAUGGGAUGGUAACGUACCUGCUGAGAAUGAUGACCAGCUGGGCCAUUGUCUGCAGUGUUUGGUACCUGCCUCCCAUGACCAGAGAGACUGAUGAAGAUGCCGUCCAGUUUGCAAAUAGGGUGAAAUCGGCCAUUGCCAGGCAGGGAGGGCUCGUGGACCUGCUUUGGGAUGGUGGUCUGAAGAGGGAGAAGGUGAAGGACACGUUCAAAGAGGAGCAGCAGAAGCUGUACAGCAAGAUGAUCGUUGGGAACCAUGAGGACAGGAGCCGGUCCUGAGCCCGCGCCUCGCGCUGGCUGGAGCCACCACUCGCGGGCCUGACCCGCGAGCCAGCUGGAGCUGCCACCGCCCCCUGCCACCCCCACUGCUGCGUCCUUGCCACCUGCAGGGCUCCUUAGGCCGCCCUGGAGCCCAGGACUCCAGCUUCUUCAGGACCGCCCCGGGGACCCCUGGGCUUGCCAUCGGAAGCGGACGCCGCUGGGGGCCGCUGCCCGGGAUGGGACACCCUUCUUGUCUUCUUGAGUCCAUUGGAGGAAUGCCAUUAAAGUCCCCUCUCCACCUGCACACGUGUGGGACUGAGUGGUCGGGAAGAAUCGGCCGUGGGCCCGUGUUCGGUCUGUUGCGGGUGCCACGUGCCAGGGGCUCUGCUGGGGAAGGGGUCCACCCGUGCGCAAGGAGACAGCGCCGAGGCGGUGCGGCCUGCUUUGGCCUGAACAUCACCCCCUACCCCGGAGCUCUGCAGACUGGAUGGAAAGAAAACUGUUGUCUGCAGGGGCUCUCAGCAAAGCGAGGUUUCAUUCCUGUGCUGCUGCCAUGGGCAGUCACCAGAGGGGACGGUGAGAAGCAAGGUGAUCGGUGACUAGCGUGUGGUGGGAACCAAGAGUCAUUUUGUGUUCCAGCUCCAGUGCUGACCCUGAACUCCCAUGUGACUUGCUCUCUGUUAACUCGUGCCUCAGUUUCCCCAUCUGUAACCUGGCUCAGGAGGGGAAGGGUGGUGAUACCUACCUCACAGGGUUGUUGUGGGGAUUGAAGUGCUACUUUGAAGGACAAGUUGCUCAGUGUUACAAGUGUAGGUCCAUGAAACGUGGCAGGACAAGGUCUGAGCUCAGAGCUGCUGCAGAGGGCUUUGGGUUUGUUUCUGUGAGUCAAUAAAAUUGUCUCUGAUGGUCAA